UCAUGUCUAGCGAUCCAAACAGUACUGGCUAUCCGGCAAACUUGAUCACGACUCAACCACCGUUCGUACCCUCUGAUAAAACUCCAGGGGAAACGGAAAAAGAGGAUAAAAACGCGGAGGAAAGUUCGUGCUGUACAGCGGAAAAAUGUUGCUUGGCGUGCUUGGGAUGUGAAAUAUGCACCAGCUGGGUUUCAAUUUUCGUGGAUUGUUGCAAGAUAUGCGCAAACUCUGAUUGAAAUGCACAGUGAUAAUUAUUUAAUGGUUUCUACUUGCAUAAACUAAUUUG